AUGUCGGACAACGAGCUGGGCCUGGAUGGAGGGUUAUUUGAGGAGCCUGAGACCUUCAGGCCCCCAAAGCCCGAGGCACACUAUCAGAAAUACACUAGGGUGCAUAAACAGGCGCUUGCCGAAAUAGACGAGAUCAACCUCCGACUCGUUGGAAAAUCACCGCUUUGGGGUCAUUUGUUGUGGAAUGCAGGUAUAUACACGGCAAAUUAUCUUGAGAAGCAUGCACAGGAGCUUGUCACGGGUAAAACUGUUGUGGAGUUUGGAUCGGCAGCUGCUCUUCCUUCUUUGUUGUGUUCUAUCAACGGUGCUAGAAAAGUGGUAGCUACCGACUAUCCAGAUCCUGAUCUGCUAGAGAAUAUACAAAUCAAUGUGGAGAGUCUCGUACACAAGGAGCUAACCAGUAGAAUUAUCGUUCAAGGAUUUAUUUGGGGGAACGAUACGGAAGAAAUCAAAGCUACACUUGAGAGCACAGCUGACUUAAUCAUUAUGAGCGAUCUAGUUUUCAACCAUUCAGAACAUCACAAGCUGCUCAAAUCCGCAAAAGAGCUAAUCACACCACUACGAGAUACCUCUCAGCCCAGAAGUGGCGGGAAGUGUCUUGUUGUUUGGUCUCCACACAGACCCAAGCCGCAGAUGGUGGAAAAUGACUUCCAGUUUUUCACUGACGCCAAGGAGCUGUUUGACUUCGAUGUCGAGUUCGUGGAGAUGGUACACUGGGACCACCCUAUGUUUCCUGAGGAUCCUCCCGAGACAGAGGAGAUCCGUAAGCGAGUGUACUGCUACAUAUUGCAUCCAACAUGGUAA